AUUUUAAUAGGACUUUUAUUAUAUAGGCAUUCAUAGGAUAGAAGCUGCGAUUUCAUCUAGAAAAACAUUUUUUGUAAAAGUUUUGUAGUUCUGUAAUCACAACAAAGCGUUACUAUGAACGCUUCGUGACAGUUCUGGACAGUCUACGACAGCGAUUAAUAGCAAAGUUAAAUUGUUAAACAUGCUCGAAGAAUCCUUAAUGCAACCAAUAAUUUCAUAUUGUGCCAAUAUUUUGCAAGAAAGAUUCGAAGCACUCGAGGGUGCUUUUGAAAUUGAUUGUAGAAUGGUUGCGCGUCGAUAGGAUAAGAAGACAGCUGAACGAUUGACGCAUCAGAGUCUAAAAUGUCACGUGGAAAUCGAGCUUUUCGUGAACGAGGAUCUACCAAGAUUGGCGAACCACCCGAACGGAAUGACAGCGAAGAUGCAUCUCCCGCUCGCGCGGUGGAGAACGAGAAAUACACAAAACGCAGUAAAACAGCGUCACAGAAACGAUGGUCCAGCUCGGAGGAUUCAAGCCGACCCUACAGCCGGGAUAUCAAAACAAAUUCUCGGGAACAAAACAACACCGAAGACACAGAAACCGAGUCUCCAGAUGUCAAGAGUGAAAAACCUCGUAGAACUGAAGAACACACUCGUGGAAAAACACGUUAUUCCAAUGUUCACGCGAGCGAAGAGAAAAUUGCGUCGAAAUCUUUUGAGGAAAGAAGAAAAAAACGCAGUAAACGAACUGAAAGACGCAGAUUUGGAGAACAGCCUCGCACGGCAGAUCGCGACCACGCUCGAGCAGAUGUCCGAUCUGUCACAAAACGCUAUAGCGAAGAAGAUAGUUUCACUGAUAAAUCGCAAAAAAGAAAAAAGAACACUUCCCAAGAUGACGAGCUACCUAUCACGGAAAUUCUGAAGAAAGCUCAGGAAAAUGCACGCACGAAGUACGAGGAGCCAGUGCCGCUUCCGGAAUUGACUACCGACACAAUUUAUAUUCAAGGCAGGAGUGGCUUUAGCGCUGUGAAAAUUGGCGGAUUGAGACGUGCUUUGGAGAGCGAUACGAUGCACGCAACGCAAGAUGGAAUAGCAGGUAGAAAAGAUCGCGAUUUGGCGGAAGUUCAAAUGUACACGCUCAUAAAGGUGGCGAUUGCGGCGCAAAAAUUUUGGAGGUGCACAGGACUCGUGUAUCAGGGUCUCUUGGGUGGAAUGGCGCUUCUACACUUCGUAAUGAUUUACGUCUUCUUCGACAUCUCCAUGGAGUUCACGUUGAAUUACUCGAUUUUUUCCGAAGUAUACACGAAUGUGUUUUCCUUUUUAAUCAUUCUUUGCGUCAUCUCCAUCUUCGAUAAAUUUGAUCUCGCACGAUUUGACAUGGAUCACUUGCGCGAGAUUUAUAUGGAUCAUGCAAAAACCGCGAUUGCUGUUCCGCUUUAUCUCGUGACGUUCGCUCUCCAUCAAACAUCGUCGAAGACCGACAAUCUGUUAGCUUUGACGCAUUAUCGUAAUGUCAAUGCCACCAUGUGGACAAAUAAUACAACGCAAGAAACCUUUUCAGAAGAAUUAAAAAUCUGGCAGAAGGUAACGAUGUCAAAAGAUCUUCUCGCGGUUUUCGCUUGGUUGUUCGUAGCUCUUGGAACGCGAGACGACAUGUUAUUGAUGCAUCUCGAGUCGAUGGAGAAGUAUGCGAGCAAUGCGGAAUCCCCCAGAUGACAUACGAGGGAUGCCUUUCGCAAUCGAACGAAGCAACUAUGUAUAAAGUUCUCCCGCGCGAUCGCACUGAUUGAAUAUCAUAAAAUAUUAAACGUAGGAAUGUUUUAAAUAAUAAUUCUGAACUUUAUACUUACUAUUUUUAUGCCAGAUCACACUGGUAUUUUCGGGGAUCAAUGCGCCAGAGGGGGGGGAGUACGAUUUAAACAUUUAUUCGUAACAGAAUAGCGUUUGAUAUGUACAAUAUGUAUAAAGUUUGUCUCCUACUCGCUAAUCGAUAAUAUAUGUAUACAUAAUAGCAAAGAGGACAAUAAUAUAUUAAGAUUAAAAUAACAUAUUGCAUAAUGAUACAAUAGUAAAAUAUGUUUGGACUUUCUCGAGCGCGACAUCGACGAAAUCCGCAAUUGCAAGGGAAAAAUUUGUCGACGGUCAACUGUCGAUCGCGAGAUCAAUCCCUCUCUAAAAAAGGCAUGAUACUUCGAACUCGAGUCGAAGUGUUGAAAAGCCUCUUUUUCUGCGAUGCUGAUUGGCUGUCUCGCUUGUGCGCUGCGACUUGCUGACUUGCUCCACUCGUGUCGACUGUCAAACUGUCAUACGAGUUUUGACAGUUUGUCUGUCGACACGAGUAUAAUAGAAUUAAAUUUUAAAAUUAUUAAAGUAUAAUAAAA